GACGAUGUCGGAUUUAGAGCCAAAUGGAUCCCACGGCAUUCUGGCCCAAGGGAUCGAAGGCAGUCAGGCCUUGCUCACAUCCUCUUGACUCCACCUGGGCGGGGGUCGCAAUCAUGACCGACGCCGACAGCGUGCAGCGCUGAUGAUGAGGGGUGAGGGUCCUCGAUCAGCCUGGCCUUUGCGAAUCGAACCCCAAAUCAAACAUUGCAGCCGUGUGCCCGCAGGUGAGCGUCGGCGGCAACCAAGUCAACAUGCUGGUGGGCGUCAUACACCGUACACUUCCAUCUCUCACUGGCAUGCAUCCCACUCUACGAAGAAAACAUCGUCACCUUGUGAGUCGAAGAGUGGCGACCCCAGCCCCUCGGGCGCACCUCGCACAUCUGGCCCGCGACACUCCGUAAUCAAGCGUGCCCACGUGAAAGAAAAUCGUGACUUGGGUGUGGAAAGUUGAACCUGCCCCUUGCAUGCACCUCUACAACCAAGCGCUCGGCUUGUCAGCUAGAUUGGU